AUGGAGGUGUCUUUGAGCGAGGCGGAUGCUGAUUGUGGAGGGAGUGAUGGUGAUGUUAACGAAGUAGAAAAUUCUGAUUUGGAAGACCUCGCUGGACUAAGUGUGGAUGACAUCCUGAAGAAGGUAUGGGACAGCAUUGAAAAUGCAUAUGAGUUCUAUCGGGGUUUCGGAAAAUUGCAUGGAUUCGGGGUGCGAAAGGGUGACUCAGGAAAAGACUGUGACGGGAAUGUUGUAAGGUACAUGUUUUUUUGUAACAAGGAAGGGUUGAGGGAGCGUAAACACUAUGACAGGGUUGACCGAACAAGGGUACACAAACCGGAGACAAGAACCAACUGCAAGGCAAUGUUAUCGGUUUAUUUUGACAAAAAUGAUAAGCAUUGGAAGGUUAGGAAGUUAGUAACCGAACACAAUCAUGACCUGACACCGGCUGGAAUGGUGCACCUGAUUGCCAAUCAUCGUCGGUUAACGGAAGUUGCAAAGAGUCAGAUAGCCGGUAUGCAAGCUCAUGGUAUUGCGACCUCUAAGAUUGUAGGGUACAUGGCUGGUACGGUCGGGGGAUAUUCGAUGCUGGGGUUCCUGAAGAAGGAUGUCUACAACUAUGCUGACAAAAUGCGGCGCAUUAAAGUAGCUGAUGGCGAUGCGAAUUCUGCUUUAGUUUAUCUAGAGGGAAAAGCCGAGUCAGACCCCAUGGCAAUCGCAAAAUAUAACGUGACUUCUGACAACAGGCUCGCGAAUCUGAUUUGGGCCGACGAAUCUAGCAGAGUGGAUUACCAAUUCUUUGGCGAUGUUUUGGCGUUCGAUUCAACCUACAGGAAAAAUAAAUACAAGAGGCCGGUUGUUAUUUUCUCAGGAUCAAACAAUCAUAAGCAGACCACCAUAUUCGGGUUUGGGUUGUUGCUUGAUGAAAGUCUGGCGUCCUAUCGGUGGAUGCUGGAGAAUUUGAUGGAGAUCAUGUGCCGUAAGAAGCCAGCUGUAGUGGUGACAGAUGGGGAGAAAGCUAUGAUAAAGGCUGUCUCUGAAGUCCUCCCCGAGUCGACGCAUCGCUUGUGUGCAUGGCAUGUGGAGAAGAACGUCACAUCGAAUGUCAAGGAUGAUGAAUUACGUGGGCUGUUCAGAAGAUGGUUGUAA